AUGAUGGUUAAAAGGAUCCGUUGGCACAUUCUUCCUCGGGCUAAUAGCAGACAGUAUGGAUUCAUACCACAAAAAUGCACUGAAGACGCUCUCUACGAUAUGUUGACUCAUAUUGUAAAUAAUAUGAGAAAAAAAUUUAUUAACAUAAUCGUCUCCCUGGACAUCGAGGGUGCGUUCGACAGUGCAUGGUGGCCUGCAAUAAAAUGCAGAUUGCGAGAGAGGAAGUGUCCGCGAAAUCUUCGGAGAUUGAUGAACAGCUAUCUGGAAGACAGAAAAGUUCGAGUCAGGUAUGCGAACAAAGAAUAUAUAAAGGUGACAAAUAAGGGAUGCAUACAAGGCUCAAGUGGAGGCCCAACGUUUUGGAAUAUCUUAUUGAACCCACUAUUGGAUGAAUUAGAGAGGCGCGGGAUUUACUGCCAGGCAUUUGCGGAUGAUAUCGUUUUGGUUUUCUCUGGAGAAUCAGUCACGGAGCUAGAAAGACAGGCCGACCAGACGCUUGCCUAUGUGGAGGCGUGGGGUAUUAAAAAUAAACUAAAAUUUGCGGCGCAUAAAACCAGUGCCAUGGUUGUUACUAAAAAAUUGAAAUUUGAAACUCCGCGGAUCCACAUGGGUGAAGUAGAAAUACAAAUGGUUGACCAAAUUAAAAUGUUAGUAUUAGUUAGUAAGUAA